AAAAUCAUAGUCUUAUCUUACCAUUAUAUAUAUUGAUUCUGUAGAUAUAAUGACACAUAUGGGAGAGAGAGAGAGAGAGAGAGAGGCCAAUGGAAACACAAAGCGUAAGGGAAACGAUACGACUAAUAAAAGAGAAGCACUUGACCCGAGAGAGAUUUGACAAAAGUUACGUCAAAGAGAAGAAGAAGGAAGGGUUAACGUCGGCAUCAUGCGACGGCGGCGGCUGCGCAAUAUUUAGGGCUUCCCACAAGUCACCGCUCUUAAACGAAAGCAACACUCACCGGAAUCAUCCUUCAUCUUCAUCCCACCCUCUCUCUCUCUCUCCCCCAUCCCCAGAAGCUCAAUCAUCGUCUUGCAGAUCCCGAUGGGGACGAUGGACGAGAAAGCUCCGUUCGGGAGCAGCAGCUGCUACUCUUGCGGCUAUGGAGAGUACAUGGAGAAGAGACGGCUGUUCCUGAGGAGCUACCAUUUCUCCAGGAAACGCAGCUUGUCCGAGAGGAUCCAGAGAUCUGUAAUUAGGGCUAAGAAAGUUGUCUGGAUGCGUCUGAAGUCUGCUCGGAGGCUUCGACGCGUCGUCUGCUCUCGUCUCCGGUCGGCUUUCUCCCAUCGCCGGCGCCGUUUCUUCUUCCGUCUCCGACAUGAGCCCUCCUACUGCUUCUAAACCCUCUUCUCCUGUUCCAAUCUCCCGUAAACCUUGUGUAGACAUUUUUGCUGAAUCCGAAUGUUGCUUAGAUUCUCAGUGUUCAUCUGCUUUACUUGUGAUUUUCUUUUCCUCUGAUUCAGAUUCUAUAUACUGUUGGAUUAUUAUAUGUUAA